AAGACCCAUAUUUCAUCUUCUACUCCAUGCAAUUGACAAAAGCAACCAAAACCCAAUCCCCUUCCUAUUUCUUGUUUGUACCACACUUACCCUUGACUUGGCUCAAUCCUUAUAACUGCCCUGCCCCCACUCAUCUUUUCAUUUCCCUAAACUUCGCUUCUUCUUGCUGCAGUCCUUUGGAGCCCACCAUUCAUCAAUCAAUCUUUCCACUCAUCAUUCAUAAAUUCACACGCAUAUUAUAGCUGUAUAUUCGUCGGUCGAAGAAGCUAUUGUUGUGUUUAGGGAGAAAGAGAGAUGAGCAAAGAGUAUUUGCCAUUGUUUGAGACCAAAGAAGCAAAAGGGAGAGUUGUUUAUUGGGCAUUUGCAGCCUCCAUUUUUGUGGGGAUUUGUUUGAUUUGGAUUUACAGAGUAAAAUUUGUACCAGAAGAUGAAGUUGGAAGAUGGGUUUGGAUUGGUUUGUUUGCUGCUGAGAUAUGGUUUGGAUUUUAUUGGGUUCUCACUCAAUCUCCUCGCUGGAAUCCAAUUCAUAGGCGCACCUUUAAACACAACCUCUCAAAAAGACACGAGGGAGAGUUACCUGGAGUGGAUAUAUUUGUAUGCACAGCAGACCCUGAUAUGGAACCACCAGCUAUGGUCAUUAGUACUGUAUUAUCAGUCAUGGCAUACGACUACCCGCCCGAGAAGCUUAGCGUGUAUCUCUCUGACGAUGCAGGCUCUGAGCUCACCUACUAUGCUCUUGUGGAGGCCUCUCAAUUUGCAAAGCACUGGAUACCAUUUUGCAAGAAGUUCAACAUCCAACCUAGGUCACCUGCAGCUUACUUUGCCUCGGUGUCUUCUGAUCAUCAAGGAAAAGAAAUGGUUUUUAUUCAGAAACUAUACAAGGACAUGGUGAGUAAAAUAAAUACUGCAGUCGAACUAGGUCGAGUUCCUGAAGAAAUACGGUCAAGUAAUGAAGGAUUUUCCCUGUGGAAAUCCCAUGUAUCUCGUCGAGACCAUGAUACGUUCCUUCAGAUAGUGAUAGAUGGGAGAGAUCCAAAAGCCACGGAUGUUGAAGGAUCUAUCUUACCAACUUUGGUGUAUUUGGCUCGUGAGAAAAGACCUCAAUAUUUUCAUAAUUUCAAAGCUGGAGCCAUGAAUGCAUUGCUUAGGGUCUCAUCACAUAUAAGCAAUGGGCAAAUCCUACUCAAUGUAGACUGUGAUAUGUAUUCGAACAACUCAGAUGCCAUAAGAGAUGCACUUUGCUUCUUAAUGGAUGAAGAGAAGGGACAUGAGAUUGCAUUUGUACAAUUUCCACAAAAGUUUGACAAUGUAACGAAGAAUGAUAUUUAUGGAAGUACUUUACGAGUCAUUAGUGAGGUGGAACUCCCUGGUUUGGAUGGUCUUGGAGGCCCUCCAUAUAUUGGAACAGGCUGCUUUCAUAAAAGAGACGUUCUCUGUGGUAAAAAGUAUAGCAAAGGAUACAAAAAUGAUUGGAACAGUAAAAGCUAUAGGAAUUCUAAGGCCAAUGUAAAGGAACUAGAAGAAAAUUCGAAGUAUCUGGCAAAUUGUACAUAUGAAGAGAACACUCAGUGGGGAAAAGAGAUAGGUUUGAGAUAUGGAUGUCCUGUAGAAGAUGUUGUAACCGGGUUGUCAAUGCAAAGCCAAGGAUGGAAAUCAGUUUAUUGUAACCCAGAGAGGGGAGCCUUCCUAGGUGUUGCACCAACCUCAUUAGUUCAGACACUAGUUCAACAUAAGCGAUGGUCGGAAGGUGACUUACAAAUUUUUCUUUCCAGAUAUAGUCCUGCGCUGUGUACUCGUAGAAAGAUCAGUUUAGGCCUACGAAUGGGAUAUUGCAUUUAUUGUUUUUGGGCUGUGAAUUCCUUGGCAACAGUAUAUUACUCCAUCAUCCCCUCUCUUUAUCUCCUCAAAGGUGUUUCCUUGUUUCCACAGGUUUCAAGCCCAUGGUUGAUACCUUUCACAUAUGUGAUAUUUGCCGAGUAUGUUGCUAGUUUGGUGGAAUUUUUGUCGAUUGGAGGAACAGUCCAAGGUUGGUGGAAUGAGCAGAGGAUUUGGCUAUAUAAAAGAACAAGUUCCUAUCUCUUUGCUCUUGUAGAUACUGCCUUGAAGACACUUGGAUUGUCUGAUUUAACAUUUGCAAUCACAGCUAAAGUAACUGAUCAAGAAGCCUCUCAAAGAUAUGAAAAGGAGAUAAUGGAAUUUGGAGCUUCCUCUCCAUUGUUUACCAUUUUGGCAACGACCUCUUUGCUUAAUCUGUUUUGCUUUCUUGGGAUGGUGAAGAAAGCAGUAAAAACUGAUAGUGGUUUGGUGAUGGCCUUUCAAGCAAUGGCUUUGCAAGUUCUUCUUUGUGGUAUUUUGGUUCUGAUCAAUUGGCCUUUGUACCAAGGAAUGUUUUUUAGAACAGAUAAAGGCAAGAUGCCAAGCUCCCUGACUAUUCAAUCCCUUAUAUUGGCUCUAGCCACUUGUCUUUCCUUUUCAUUUCUACUUUAACUUGAUCUUCCUUCCUUAAAAUUGUAGAUUUCAAAUAUUUGGUUCUAUAGUUACAUAUUGUUCAACCUUUCGUUGCUUGGAAAUGGAUCUAUAAAAGUUGUAACUUCUAGUUGGAAUACUAAAAAUAUUUUUUUUUUGCUCAA